AUGGAGAAAUUGUGUUUACACACAUUUCACACACACACAUACACGCACAGACGGCGGCACCACAGCCCACGGCCACCGCCCGCCGCCUCGGACCUCACCCAACUCCGCCCACCAUCGCCCGUUCCCGCCAGAUUCCGCCGGUCGCCGUCCGUACGCCGUCCGUACGCCGACCGCCACCGUCGCCUUCCAUCUGCAACCCACCACACGCCACAAAACCCCUGCCGUCGAACAAGAGACGCUCCAGACGACGACGUCGCGGCCACUGCUGAACGCCUAUUGCACCGGGGUGUGGCCGCUGGCAUUAUGCUCGCCGGCGAACUCGGCCAUCCGGGGUGA